AUGCUGACAUUUCAAAGCGCCAAAGAGCAACCCGGUGUGCUCGCAACUUUGGUCAUCGCCCUUCCAUCCGAACAUCUCGGUGGGGGUGUUCUCGUGAAAGCUGGAUCGCAGGAGAUAGAACUCGCGACUUGUAAAGCCAGCGAAUAUGAAUACAGCUUUAUGUCUUGGUACUCAGGUCUGGAUCACGUAAUCCUUCCCGUCACUUCUGGAUAUCGUUUACUUUUGACGUACAACCUUGUCUAUCAAACGACCUCACUCCAGUCAAGCUGUCCUUCCAAUUUUGCCACCAACCACAAGCAAACGAUUGACCACAUAUUUUCGCGAUGGAGUAAGUACGAAGUGGACCACCAUCAGCAUGAAAAGCUUAUCCACAUUCUGGACUACGAAUAUUCGGAAGGAAACUUUGGCAUAGACUCCUUGACUGGUCUGGACCACAAACGUGCAACGUGCCUGCUUGAAGCAGCUCACAAGUACGGCUUUCGCCUCUUUUGUGCCAAUUUUGAAUAUGCGAUAGGCGGUAAUUGCAGUGGGAAAAGUAAGGGAUUCCAUGAAAUUAUCAAACAAUCCUUCAAACAUAUAGAUUUGCUCAGGAUAUUCACGAUCAAAGGUGAGGACAUUGCUGAGAAUAUUGAUGUCGAGGAAGAAGACGUGAUGAUGGGUCUGCGCUUUGACGAGUUGCAAGGUCUUGACUUCGAGAAUCAAGAGCCUGACGAUGAGAAAUAUGAAGGGCAGACUGAUGGAGGAGAGGGGAUUGCGAAUCACUUUUAUCGCCGCAGCUGCCUCGUUGUGGUGCCUUCUCAUUGCCUACACAGUUUCAUCUCUGACGCGAGCACUGUUCAAUUCGGCAAAUGGGCUGGCAUUCUGAACCGACAAUUCGACAAUGACCCGCAGAUGGAAGAUGCCAGAAAGAAUCUUUUGACCUUGGCCGAGGUUUACAGUAAGAAGCCGGCAAUAACGGCUGACCUUGAUUACUUCGUCGAUAUCGCCAUCCGCUUCCACAAUGCAGAGUUGCUGCAAUCAAUAUUCAGGAAUAAAAACUGCAACAUCCUGCAACCAAGCCUUUUUCACAAGCUCUCGCGAGGGCUCGGCUUUCCUAACGCGGUAGAAUGGAACUCAAGCGUCAAGGCUUUGCUACCGCGUGUAUCGGACCUUUGGACCAGAUUGAAGGCCAUCGACAACUACAUAGCUGGAGGUACAGAGCUCUUGCAAUCGCAGCCAUCCCUAAACUAUGACAUGAAGAAAGUUGAACGCGAUCUGCUUCUGGCUGCUACACCUGAAGUAAGGCAGGAAUCAAGAGUCUUCGCAAGUACGACGGAAGCAAAGAUGUUGUUCAACAUUCGUAAACGACCUGGCGGGGAGAGCUUCCUCCUUUCUGUACUCGUUCCACUCAUCGAAAGGUCACUUUUUUCGACGGAAUGCAUCAAGUCACUUCUCGAAUGCACCGCAGAUGCAGUGUCGAAAGGCGAACUGUCGACCAAUUUUGCCCAGCGCAUGUGGAACGACAUAAGCCCUGACUUUGUCGAAGUAAUUCGCAAAGCACUCGGUUUGCAGAAUCGUUUAGGCGAUGAGAAAUUCAAGCGUAGAGGUUGCCAACACAAGACUGUCAAAUUAGAUACUUGUUACAUGGGAGGCACUGGAGAAGUGCUGUUCAUUGUAGGCGUUUUGCGAACUUUCGAGAAACUGCAACUGGAAGACGCCGCUAUCAGUCUUCUCGAAGCACUUAACGACCUGAGUCACCAAAUGGUUGGCGAAAAGAUAUUUCAUCUAUUUAUGGAGUUUUGGAGAUGGCUGCCGCCGUCUGAAGUCUCAUUCGAAAAGAUGCCCCAACGAUAUGAGCAGUUUUACACGACGUCUAUCACAUCUCUCGUCCAUAUCUACGUCAAAGAUAUGCCGCCGCAACCGCCUUACUGGUAUAAAAACUCAAUCAGAGGGUGCAAGUGUCCUCUUUGUGACCAAGUCAACGACUUUCUAAUGUCGAACACCGAACAAACGUGUAUCAAUCUCCCAACCAAAACCGAUCGGGAUCACGUAGCCCAGAAAUUCAAAAAAAAGUUCAUCUCGAGAGUGGUCCGUCAAGAUAGUAGACUCGCAAGGGCCUCCCUACCCGCUGAACGCAAACUCCAGCUUCUUGGCGACAAGUACCUUGAGCUCCUAAACGCUUUCAGUCUCAAGACGAAAGGAUCUGGCGUCCCUCUCGAUCAUGCUAUUUUAGAGGAGAUGACAAAGAGAGCGUUCGAUCGCACCGUUCUGACCAGGACAUCGGGGAAUUCAAAUAUCAGAAAGCGAGUACACGAUGACUCUGAGGGAGCAGCGCCUUCGAAGCGAGUUCGUGGCGUUGAAGUCGUCGAUCUUUCCGAAGAAUAG